ACUCGGCAAGGAUAGACCAAGUGCUAUUCCGGUUAAGAAGCAUAAUUUUUGUAUUUAAUUUUCCGGUAAUUAGUAAGACUGGCAAAUGUCAACGGAUGAGCACAACGUGGGCAGCCCCCUAAAGCCGUCCACGUCCAAGCCCGUCCUCGCACAAAACACAAGCGCACGUGGUGCAUCGAAUCUGUUGCGCCAUCAGCACAGCUUUGAGGCACGCUACAGCAGCAUUAUCCAGAACCAAAUUUGGGAGACGACCAUCAAUAAGGAUGUUAUGGAGCGACAACUUAAUGAAUACUUUCCCUUUGCGCGCAGUGCUUCCCUCACAAGGAACGAAUCCGACAGCUUUUAUCAGCUGCUCAAUCCAACGCCGGAGAGUAGCAAUGGGGCUAUCAAGGCACGUUCAUUGGGCACCACGCCCAUCAAAAAUAGAUCGGCAGCCUCUCUAGACAAAUUUGAUACUUCGGAAAAGCCAAUCACAAAUAAUACUGCUGAGCCGUAAUAGAAAUGAAGGAACACAAAGCUUACUUCUCUAUCGAAUUACGGAUACUAAUGCACGCAAGUUAAAAAA